AUGAAUGAAAGUUCGUCGAAUAUUCAAAGUAAAAAAAUACCAAAAAAUAGAAUAUCAGAUAUUCAGACAAUUUUUCACUUAUUUGAUAAGGAUAAAGAUGGAAGCAUUAGUGGAUCUGACUUAUUUGAGACAUUCAAGUCGAUUGGGCUUGACAUACCACCACAACAAAUAGAUGUUUUAUUAAAUGAAAUCAAGGGGCGCGCAAGCACAGGUAUACAGCAAGAUCCAGCAAUAUCUAGCUCCAUUGAUUGCGCAAUGUUUUCUGGAUUCAUCAGCAGACAGCUUGAUUCAGCACCCCUAAGUGAACAACUGAGAGAAACUUUUUCACUGCUAGAUAUUAAUGGAGAUGGUUUCAUUACUCCGGAGCGUUUAGCUGAAGUUUGCUCAAAGCUUGGCGUAUCACUUACUGAUCAGGAUGCGAGGCAAUUAAUGGUACAAUCAGACGGCCAAGCAAAGGCAGAUUAUAAUAAAUUUGUAAAGCUGAUGCAACUUUCAAAGGGAUGA